AUGUCGAAUACCAACUUCCCUCCUUCUUCUGAGUCUCCGACCGGGUUUGCUGUUCGAUACAUCUGGACUGCACGUUUGAUAGGACCUGCCUUGGGAUCUGAAACGGUGAGCGAAGAACUAAAGUCAUCCUUCAGACCUACUCUGUGUGCGCCGUUGCCUGAAGUAUGGGAAUAUUAUGAAACACUUUACCGAGAAAAGAAACCACUCGCAAACGUAGUUGCAUGUUUCCCUCGUCACGUAUUUUGUCCUGAAAAAGAAGACGUGGAAGGCUAUUUGGACAUCAAGGCUAUUCCGUCCAAUGCUGUCGUGUCCGAAUUAUCGUUUAUUCUCGAGAAAACGUUGGAGGGACGAAAGACGUAUCAGGUCGGAACAGUACGCAGAUUAGAAACACAAGAGAUAUUGAGCGAAAACGUGCCAGUCCAUGGCAACGACGGGUCAGUGCGCUUGCCACUGCACUUUAAGCUCCCUGGCCGACUCGUGUCACCCUGUUUUCAGUCAAAACACAUUCGCACUCAUUACAGCCUUGUGGUAACUGUACGAAUUGAGCUACUCAAGACGCUUCUCAAGUCCUCGAGUAUCCAGACCGCAUCCUUUACAAUGCCCAUCAGUAUCGGCAAUCUCUCGCACGACAAUAUCCUGGCCAUCCCGGACCUGACAUCGCUUCAGGAUUACCGGCAGUCGACUGAAUGCCCGAUAUUCUUUGAUCCUGUGCUCGAGAAUCCUCCUUCGUCGACUUCGAUGUGGGGCCCAAUGACGACACUUCGAGCUACUCCGCCAGUCGCAUCACCUCCAAACUACUUUAGUCUUCCCCAACAGACACCGCAGGCCGGUGGGACGAGACAACCAGACGUGGUGAUUGAGACGAGUCGGUUUGUAAAACAGGGUGAUGUCCCCAGUCUAGGGGAGCCCAUGUGGAUUGAUGCAACAGACGAUGGAGAAUGGUGA